AUGGACUCCGACCCCGACGAAGCCAUCACAAAAGAUGAAAUCCAAGGCACAGCACCAACCCCCCAAAAUGCCUCGCUCAUGGCCCCAAAGCCAAAACCACAACAACCCCCCAAAAUGUCACACCCAAACCCCUUCAAAAACCGCGACAGCCUAGGCGCAUACAUCUCCUCCCCAUCCUCCUUCCCGCCCUCCGUAAUAAUCUACCAAAACGCAGACUUUGUCGCCAUCCACGACAAAUACCCCAAAUCCACCAUCCACACACUCCUCCUCCCUCGCUCACCCGCCCACAACCUCCUGCACCCCUACGAAGCCUUCAAGGACGCCGCCUUUCUCGAAAAAGUACAAGCCGAGGCCCUCAAACUCAAGAAACUUGUUGCGGCGGAACUUCAGCGCCGACUGGGGCGAUACUCCAAGGCAGAUGCGAAGAGACAGGCUGUCCUGGAUGGUGAGGAGUGUGAAGAGUUACCCGCGGGGAGGGACUGGGAGGCAGAGGUGAAGGUGGGGGUGCACGCGGUGCCGAGUAUGUCGCAUUUACAUGUGCAUGUGUUGUCGAGGGAUAUGCAUUCGGGGAGCAUGAGGCAUCGGAAGCAUUAUAAUUCGUUUAAUACGCCGUUUUUGGUGGACGUGGGUGAUUUUCCGAUGGGGGAGGGGGAUGGGAGGCUGGAUCCGAGGGGGGAGGGGUAUUUGAGGAGGGAGUUGAGGUGUUGGAGGUGUGGGAGGGGGUUUGGGAAUCGGUUUGCGAAGUUGAAGGAGCAUUUGGAGGGGGAGUUUACGGCUUGGAGGGCGGAGUGA